GGCGGCGGCAGGAAGGGGCGGGCGGCGGGCGCAGCGCCUGGAGCCCGAGAUGGUGGGCGCCGGGGCGCGCGGGGCGCCGCUGCCGGUGCUGCUGCUGCUGCUGCUGCUGGUGCUGCUACGGGGCGCAGCGGGCGGCCUCGCCGACAGCGUCGUCUGGGCCGUCAACGCGGGCGGCGAUGCCCAUGUGGACGUGAACGGCAUCCACUUCCGCAAGGACCCGCUCGAGGGCCGCGUGGGCCGAGCUUCUGACUAUGGGAUGAAACUGCCGAUCCUGCGGUCCAACGCAGAAGAUCAGAUUCUGUACCAGACCGAGCGUUACAAUGAGGAAACCUUUGGCUAUGAAGUGCCCAUCAAAGAAGAGGGUGACUACGUAUUGGUGUUGAAGUUUGCAGAAGUCUAUUUUGCACAGUCUCAACAGAAGGUAUUUGAUGUUCGCUUGAAUGGCCACGUAGUGGUGAAGGACUUGGACAUUUUUGACAGAGUUGGACAUAGCACAGCUCACGAUGAGAUCAUUCCCAUGAGUAUCAAAAAGGGAAAACUGAGUGUCCAGGGAGAGGUUUCCACGUUCACAGGAAAGCUUCAUAUUGAGUUUGUAAAGGGCUACUAUGACAAUCCGAAAAUCUGCGCCCUGUACAUCCUGCAAGGAACAGUGGAAGAUGUUCCAAAGCUGCAGCCGCACCCAGGUCUAGAGAAAAAAGAAGAGGACGACGAUGAGGAUGAAUAUGAUGAUGGCUCCAGCGUUAAAAAACAGGCAAAUAAGAACCGGGUUCAAUCAGGCCCACGCACACCAAACCCCUAUGCCUCAGACAACAGCAGCCUCAUGUUCCCUAUAUUGGUGGCCUUUGGUGUCUUCAUUCCUACCCUCUUCUGCCUCUGCCGGUUGUGAGAGCCCUACAGAGCAUCAGCCAAGGGGCUGGGAGGGAAGGAGUUGGACCAAACACGGUUGCUUUCAAUUUCUCCAUAUUGUUCAUAAUUUAAGGAAAACAAACAAACAAAAAAGGUGAUUCAUUUGGAAUGAAUAGCAGGUCCAGGUAAGAGGAAGAAACUUACCUUCCCCCUGCCAGCAAGCAGCAAGGCCCUUGCCUUCCCCAUCGCACCAUGUGCAGCCUCUGAUCCUCCCUGGGGCAUCCAAGAGUGAACUGAGUCCUGGCUGGCUGUGUAUUGGGCUAUUGGAAGCUGAUGGCAGCAGUCCUGGGCCACAUCCCAUACUGAAGGAAAGCUGCGUGCUGCAAGAUCUCUGCCUUUGCUGGGUGGAAUACAGUUCCCUAAGCGGGGAAGCAGCUCUUAUGACAAGGCCUGGGUACAUGUUUUGUCCAGGAGCAUGGAAGUGUUGUGGUGCCGUUGGGUGAUUAGCAACUAUGGAGAACAAAGGCUGGUUCUUCAGCAUCUCCCUGAAUGUGCAACACAAUGUAUGGUACUUGCCUGCGUAAAGAUACCGAGGCUCCAGCUGGCCACUCAGCCUCUGUGGGGACGUUUCCCUUCCUAAGAGUGCAGACUGCGCCAGGAGAGGAGGAAUUUAUCUGGCCUGAUUUGCUGCACCAGAUGGGAGAGACUUUCCUAGUCUGACAAUUGUGAUGUUAGUUCCAUUGCAGAGGGAUUCCGCUGUAGCCUGCGAAAGGCUGACGUUUGCAUCUGAUCAGAUGCUCUUGUUUUCUGUAUUGAUUAUGGCUUUUGUUUCUUUUAGUACUGUUUUAUUUUAAAAGGUUCAUUUUAAGCCCAGUUUCUUAUUUUGCCCUUUUUAGCAAGUGACCUGUCCAUCAGAAGAAGCUGAGAAUCAAAUGGCUUAAAUAGGAGGUCCUUGUUCCUUAAGCUUGAUACCAGUCAGUUCCCCUGCUGCAUGUGACACGGGACAGAGCAGAGCAACCUCAGGGAUGCUCCUGCGAGCUCUCGCUCCCUGUUGAACAGACCAGACCUGCCUGCAAUGGGGAGAAGCGCAGAGCUGGUUAGCAUCUGCACUUAGCACAGCCUUCUGCAUAUCAAGGGGCAGACGUCCAACGCUUCAGUAGGAUAGCACAAGCUGGUUUGUGGCUCUCCAGAGAUCUGGAAGCAAGCAGAGCACUAGAGACAAGGCCCAUCGGUUUCACUGUUGCUUGGUGACAGGCUGGUGAGCCAGGUCACCCACCUUCCCCCAGGGAUCUUUCUGCAAGAGGCUUCUGCUUCCACAUGUAGAGCCCGUGCCUGACUGACGGUCCGAGCAGAGCGAAAGCCCUCACUGCACCUCCUGGCCUGGAGCUGCUGGCCCUGAGGAGCUGGUUCCCAUGCUCUUGGCCUCUGAUGUGGCUAAGGAGGCAUUUGUGUUCAGGAGAAGGAUUUAGCCCAGAUGGGGCUGGGUCACCUUCAGUCCUGGUGAGCUUUACCUCAUGCUGUCUUGUUGUUAUAAGUGUUCUCUGCCUGGUGCAGCUGCUCUGAGCUGCGUCUUUGCUGCCACUCCUUCCUGCACCCGAGUUUUCCUAGCAGUUGUUCUCAGGUUUGAUCCUGUGCAGUGGCUCAGCCUUUCUUUGAGCUGAGAAGGGUCAGCGGAAUUUGAGGGGCAGCCUUUCUGCUGGGCCAGAGCAGCUGAAGCUUUUACUCCUUCACUGCCCUCAAGCUGUGAUACGAGCUGUCAGCUCACGGGCCCUGAAACGAGAACUUGAGGAGGUGUCACAGUGCUGAUUUCUGCAGCAGUGGCACCAAACCUUGGCUUUCUGGUAGCAUACAUCACUGCAGUGGGCCUGACCAUUAUUCUGAGUGCUAAAAAGCAAGCAAAUGAGCUUAAAUAACUUCUCUCCAAUUGCUUCUCCAGACCGUGACUAUUUCUGCUCGUGCGAGAGAGUCCCUACCACACUUGGAAGGAGAAGGCAGGCUUCCGAGAGAGCAGAUCUUAAGAGCAAACCCAGGGAUGAAAGGGCAGUAAGCUUGAAGUUGUUUGCUUCAUCUUCUAGGUGCUGUUAAAAUCCUAGUGUGUAUACAAGUCUUCAGUAGGAGCUGUGUUUUGUUUAGUGGCAGUGCCUGCAAAGAUUCCCUGAUGUUUUUUGGAUUGCUCUAACUGGAGCAUAGAGACAUUUAGAUCUUUAUCAGUCUGAGAAGCAUAAACUGCCCUGAUUUGUUAAGCAAAGAACCUGGAUUUGAAAGCAGGCUUCUCUGUAAGGAGCUGUUCUCCUGCAGGCAUUGUAGGUUUGGGUUUUUUUUUGGUUGGUGGUUGGGUUUUUUUGUUUGUUUGUUUUGGUUUUUUUUUUGAGCAUCCUUGCAGCAAGAAGUCACUCAGCUUCUUGUGGCUUCCCAGGUACCUCUGCAUCUUGCAGCAGAGGAUGAGAGCAGGGCUAUGCAUGUAGGUGUGCCCUACUCUUGUAGGGUGCUUCAUCCCCACCUCUCUUGCCAACCAGGGGACCUCCUUGGUGCCAUCAGCCCCACUAAGGGAAAGCUGUGCAGGGUUUGGUCUACUGUAUUCUGCUUUCUCAGUUCAAAUGAAUUUCUCUCAUUUGAAUAAGAAUAUGGAGUAGAAAUGGUUCAGUCUUCUUGGCUUCAGCUUAGUUGUUUUGGCUCUGGCUUUAUGCAUUUUUGUCACUGCUGCGAAGCUGGUGUUAGCUCUCCAGGUGACUGGGGAACUUCUGACCCCUUAUGGUGAUGGGAGUUGUUUUCUUCGUUGGUCCAUCCUCUCCUGAUAGGUCUGGCUCAGAAGCAGCCAUCAAACAAAGCGUGUGGGAACACAGGAGGACAGUAUGGGGAGGACACACUCAGUCUGGCUUCCCUUGUCAUCCGUCUGGCACCUGCGAGCCAGCCAGAUGGGUGUGAUGAAGUACCUGGCUUGACAUGGGGAAGGAAACAUUUGGGCUGGCUGUGAUUUUUCCAGCAGGGGUGACUGAGGGAAUGUCCAAGGCAGUGUUUAACUGAAGGCAGUUAGAGAUAAGACUCUUCGUGCUUUGUUGCACACAUCAGCAGGCGAAUGUAGAGUGUGUCUCUGUGCAGCAGUGUGGGAAGCAGAACCAGAACAGAGCCUGGCUCAGUGCUUGGAGUGGUUGUGCAGAGAGGGGCAGAUAAGGCAAUUUGAAUAAAGCUUCCCCUUAGUAAAGGUGAGGCAAUGCUGUUGAUAAUGUUCUGGGCCUGGAUCCAGCCCCAGGGUAGUGCUGAUUGAAUUACCCCUUAUCAGCCCCUCCGCUCUGUCCUGGGGGUGCAGAGGCGCAGCUGGCAGUCGUCUCACUGUUUGUACUCUCUGCUUUGGUACCUUCAAGCCAGGGCAUUCUGUGUGUGUACCUACGACAGCCCUGACCCUUUUGAGUAUCCCAGGUGGCAGGGAGCAGAAAGCCAAAUGAAUUCCUGUCUUUUUGGUGCCUUUGUGUCGGGCUUUGAAUAAAAGUCCAUUUGAAGAAGCUUUUUUUUUUUUUUUUUUUUUUAAAAAAAAAAGGAGCUUCCGGGUUGUGGUGGUGUUUUUUGCCCAAGGGACAGACAUUCCCUGCCCGUGUGAUCAGCUGGGGGCUGUCUCGGUGUCCCUUGAUGCCAGCUCUGGAGGUCACAGCUGAAGCACAGAACUGUGAGCGAGAAUCUUUGGUUCCAGCCCUCAAAGUCAAUGGGGAAAAAAGCGUAGCAGGGGAUAGAAGAACUGGAAGAGCUCUUUCAGGUCUCGUCUGCCCCAGGAAUCCCCUGAAGGUGGGAUGGAGAGCUUCUAGCCAGUAUGGUGCCUGCGUGUCUGUGCAGCUCAGAGCAGAGUGAGUUGCAGCUGUGUCCUGGUAGUCCUUUGGUGCUCAUGGCUUCUGCCUGCGGGGUGUGGCUGGGGUCCUGCUCCCCAGGGUCACUUGCUGAGAGCUUCCCCUGCCCCAGGGAGCAGAGGCCCACACGUGCCCCUUGGCCUUCCUUUGCAUUAAAGUGAGAUGGCGGCAGCCAGGGAGAUGUCUUGGUGUUGAAAGCGUGGCUGAGCAGGCCCUUUGUUGAUGGAAAACAGCAGCAGGAGGGAGAGGACCAGCAGAGCAGCUUCAGCCCUUGAUAUGAGCCAGAUUCGGAGCAGCUGCAAAGUACUGAGUGUUUCAGGUUCUGUUUGGUGCUUCAGUGUGGGAGAGAUCUGUCUGCUUUGUGCACUCAUGUGGUGGGGAGGGAAAUAUCCUCGCUGAGAAUCCAAGGGAAAUGGGAGCUGGGCCAGCACUGAGCUCAUUUACCUACUGGCUAUUCUGCAUCUCCACAACAAAUGCCAAAGUCUAAUACAAUUCAAGGAUGCUUUUUUUUAACGUCAGCCUGGUUCCACCAGUCCGUCCUCUCUGGCUGGUCCCACGUAGGCUCAGACAAUAUUCUCAACGGCACAGCCACAACGCCGGGCUGGAGCUGCUGGGGCUCAGAAACGUGGUUGUGUAGAGCAGGCCUCCUGUGCUGCUCCCUGCUUCGUGCCAGCCCGGUGGGCUGGGGCACAUGUGUUCCGCUUGGUCCGAAUGGAUUCGUCCCCGAGUGCUGUAUGGUGCUGGGACGGGAUUGCUGAAAGCAGGUCCAUGUCUUCCGGGACUCUGGCUUGCUCAGAGUUUAUUGCUGUAUAUUAAAUACUAUUUUUGGAGAUUGGGGGGAAGGUGUGGGAGGGGGAGGGGUGUGGCGGUGCUGUCCCCAGGCUGAGCAGUGGGACUACUGCAGGUUCUUGAUAGGUUCUGAUUUUUUUUUUUCCCAAAAAGUGCUUUAUUUAAAAAUACAAAAAUAAAAAAAAUAUAUUAAAAAAAAACAAAAAAACAGUCAACGACAGAAGUGCUUUCCUCCCUCGUAGAAACAGCGCUGGCCGAGUAGAAAAUGCGAAUAAUCUUUUGCUAACAUCAAAGAUCUCUGCUAAAGAGUUUGUGUGAUGGAGGUCUGAAGGUGAGGGGCGAGUGGAGUCGGAGGAAGGUGAGCUGUGCUCCGUUGUUCCCAUCCCGUGCAGGGGGCUGUGCUGCCUGUCACGCGAUAGCUGCUGCCGUGCUGGAGUGAAACAUCAUCUGGAAACCCGAUGGUGACACAGGAGAUGGAUUUUUCACGGUAUCUGUGGGGGUUUUGUGUGUUCGGGGCUUUCCUGCUCCAGGAGCAGCCCCUUCCAUGCAGCAGCUCCGAGGGCAGGGGCAGAAGCAUGGCGCUGAGCCGGGGGCAGCGGCCUGCACGGUGCUGGGGCUGGAGGCUCUGGGUUGGGGCAGCCGUGCCCGGUGCUGGGGGAGGCCCCGGUUGGCGCUGAGGCCCCAGAGCGCGUGGCGGUCACGCUGCUCGCCGUGUUUGCAGGAGGGGUUCUGUCUGUCUCUGCCCAUCGCUCUGCAUCGCCACAACUUGCAGUGAUGUUUUUUUUUUGGUCGGGCCCUGGGUGGAAAGCACAGAUGUCUAUUUCUGAUGGCAGGGGCUUUGCGGAGUUGUUCUGGGGGAGAGGGCGGGUGCGAGGGCGGGCUAUCUUAUUUUUGGUACGCGGUAGCUGCUUUAUUUUUGCAUUUCCCCCACGGUGUUGGGUGGAGGGAAUGUUCUGAAAUCGACUUGCCGGCGGUUUCGACCAGCGGUGUGCGAAAGGAAAAUAAACGGAAUUCUAUUGUC